CGCCUCGACGUCGCGCUUUGCGUCCUUCGUUCGCGGUGUCCAUGGACGACACCAGAGGACGGGGCUGAGGGGUCGGCGGAAGAAAGAGCGCGAUGGCCUCUUCGAUGGUCAGGGCCACCGUCCGCGCCGUGAGCAAGAGGAAGAUUCAAGCUACCAGAGCCGCACUCACGUUGACCCCAUCUGCUGUGAAUAAGAUAAAACAGCUGCUUAAAGACAAACCUGACCAUGUAGGAGUUAAAGUUGGUGUCCGUACAAGAGGUUGUAAUGGACUUUCCUAUACACUAGAAUAUACAAAAUCAAAAGGGGACUCUGAUGAAGAAGUAAUCCAGGAUGGUGUUAGAGUGUUUAUUGAAAAGAAAGCACAGCUCACACUUCUAGGUACGGAAAUGGACUAUAUAGAAGACAAACUGUCCAGUGAAUUUGUUUUCAAUAAUCCAAACAUCAAAGGAACAUGCGGUUGUGGAGAAAGCUUUAAUAUUUAAAAUUUCAGGACACAUGCAAUGUUUUUGACACCACAAGUCAUUUCUAAAAUAAACACUUGGCACGUGUUUUUCAGGUCUUUAAGCUUUGUAUAUUAUGGCUGCCUUUACAGGAAAAUAAACACAAUUCAUCAAUGUUAUCUCUGUGUUAAAUUCUAGCCUUUGUGUUUUUUUGAAGUUAGAUAGCAUGGAAAUGGAUUUGUCUACAAAAACUAUGAAUACUGAGAUACAGUAAUAUUUUCUUUGAUUUUACAGAAAAUUCUAGUCUUUCCUUUAAAUAGUCCCUUGUCUUCAGCAUUCUACCAGUUCUUCACAAUAUACACCCUAACAAGUAUUCUGUACAGACAUAUUUCUACUUCCUUUUAUUGGAUUGGAAGAAGACUCAGUACUGUAUACCUAUGCCCUAAAAAUGAAUGUUUGUGAUUGGAGGCACAAGUAAAGUUCACAUUAAUUAAAAUUUUUUGAGUGUUUCCCUUUUGAAAUAGUUUUUGUAUGUAAGUUUGAAAGCAAGCUUGAAUUCAGAAAGGGUCUUGGAUUAAUAUAACUUCAGAUGAGUCCAUCUUUAUUUCAUAUAGCAUAUCCCUAAAUCCUAACCCUAACCCUUUCAAUUCUUGUAAGUGGUAUAAAUGUUUUGUUCAAAAACCAAAGAGAAAAUGUGCUCAAGUGCCAUAAGAAGUCUUAAUAAAUGGGAUGCAUUUCCGUGACUUCAGGGCCACUUGUCUUUUCCCAUGUCUAUCUCUCAAAAUGGUGCCAAUGCAUUCUCUAUUUCAGAGAUUCUUACGGCUUUUGAGAACAUUUCUCUCCUGCUUUUGGAUACAGUUGGUCCCUUUCCCUCAUACUGAGUCUGUUCUUAUGAAAGAUUCGGUUGGCACUAGGAAGCUACCAGUAUUUUUAGAAAGUCUUGCCACUGUGAUUUUGAAAGAGUCAACACAGAAUUGUAUAUGAGAGUUUUUUGUUGUUGACAAUUUUUUAAAUCAGCUAUGAAAUUGUCCUGAAGCCAAUUCUGAAUUCAGACUCUCUGUACAAUUGUCUCUGGUCUAGACAAUUUUGAUCGUUCUGGUCAUGAAGCAAGAAAGGGUUUUUUUCUGCGAAAUGCUAUUUUAUUAGUAAAGAAACAGUUUAUGGUCUGAAUUUAUAAAUAUUGGUUAAAGCUUGGUCUGAGUAAGAACAGGACAUCCUGCUUAAAAACACUUGAAUUCUGCUAAUGUCUUCAAAUAGGAAGCCAGAAGUAAUUUCUUAAGUCUGUAUGAUUGUAUUUUAAUAAGAUAACUCAUGGUUCUUAUCAUGAAUGAAAUAAUUUGAAGGCUAGUUUUGCCUAAUCUUACAGUUAAGAUAAUGUAUAUCUUAAAAUGUUACUGUUUUUCUUCUCAUCUCUUGAAGCUAAAGCUGUUUCCUCAUCCAACUAAGGACACAAUCCUUUGCUUUUUUUGAUAGAAAAUGUCUUGCAACUCUCAGCAUCUUCCAGCCAUUGAUGCAGGCUGGGAAAUGCUAGGAAUUGUAGGAUUUACUUAAACAUGCCUAAAAUGUUUUCAAAGCCCUUUACAGCCAAUUUUAUCUUACGUAGGCAGACAUUCCUACUAGCUUUACUGAGCAUGACAGAGAAUUAUAUUAUCAGGACACUUCAUGUCCUACAUUACAAGAUUACCUGAUCAGCUGCCACAGUCUGGUUUACUCAGGCUUAUUCUUUUAAGUGAAACCCUAGGAAUAAAUCCGAUUCCGAAAACAACUCAGCAAUGCUGCAAACUACCUAAGCAAGCUGUGGAAUCCCCUGUCUUGCAGACUUUUAAAGAAAUACUGGGCUAUGUUCUUGUAAAAUAGUAUAAGUAGAAAAUUAAUCCAGGUGCAGGAAGAAAAAAACAUUAUUCUGUGUAGCAUUGCCAUGUUGAUUCCAAUCUGCUGUGGAAAGAAAGUUGCUUCUUGGUCUGUCUGAAAAUGUUCCAAGUGUCACUAAAUAUAAUACCCUGCAGGUCUUUUUUCCUUGCAAAAUUUGGGCUGUUGCAAUCUAAAAUUCCAUAUUAAGACAUCCCUAGGAUUUGACUGCUUCUUAAUGGGUAGGGGGAGGAUAUGAAUGUAGCGAGCACUAUGUAUAGAUGUACUAAAUCUUUAAAAUUGAGGGGGUUGUAUGUUCUGUGUAUACCACCCUUGUGAGUGAAAAUGUGCAUUUCCAUACUAUGAAAAUAUAAAAUGUCAUAUUUAAAUAUCUAACGCACAAAACUGAAGGAUUUUUUUUGUUAGUGAUAGUUUAUGGGAAAGUGUAACUUUAUUAAUCAUCUAUAAUGUGUGCAAUACUGUAAUGUAGACAAGUUGUAAUAAACUACCUUUUGGUAAACAUGGAA